CUACAAGUUUUUUAUUUCGAAUAAUUUUAAUAAAGUCUUAAUAAUUUACCAUUCCUAAAUUUAGUAUUUAAUAAAAUAAUCUUAAUAAUUUACAUGUCAAACUAUUAGUUUUGACAAGGUAUUUCUUUAUUUUUUGCUACCUCCAAGCGAAUAACUUACCAAGAAAGAUAUCGAAAUAAAUACUCUAUAUAUUCCACAGUGAUUUGUGGUAUUUAUAUCUGGUAUCUGUCUACUUGCUGUCGAAACCGUAAAAAGAGAGCACAUCGAUUCUGAUGAAUAAUAUCGGCGUAAGUCUAACGGCUCAUGUUUUGUCCGUCGUAACUAUGGCUACAACUUGCUAUGCAGAGAGAAAAGUAUCGCGUCGGAGGCGUACGAUCACAGAGGAAGACCCUCGGCACAAGUGUGCGAAUUCAGGCGACGACGUUAGAGGCAAUCCGGGCGAAAUGAAUGAUAAGGAUGACAGCGCUUGGGUGUUCGAUUCCUUGAUUGGAUUUUUGCAAGGUCCCAUUUGGUCCUCGCCCCUGAUGACCUUCAUCGAGGAGAAGUCCCUCGUUUUCGAGGCCAAUACCGAAGAUUGCGAAGAGUAUCGAAAAAUAUAUCAGGAGUACAAGAACUUAGUCGACCUGCUGCUUGGAUGCUUCAUGGAAGACAUGGGAAUCACACCGGAACAAUUCGAGCACGCGUGCACUGUUAACAGAGAUACAAAGAUUCCAAUACAUUUUCAACAAAAUUUAUUCGAACAAAUAUGGGCGGCGAAUGAAUACGAGAUAUUCAAAAGGAUGAUGAUACAAAAGAACUUAGAGCUCCAGCUGCAAGCGCUAAAUAUGAUCGAACAAAAAUACGGUCUCACACCUGCCUCCCUUGUGUACGAGACGGAUGGUUUUAUCGAUGACGAACUGGUCAUGGAAGAUUUGAUACACAAACAUACUUUGGAAGAUCAAAGUGAAGAACCAGGUAUAGCCUCGGAAACAACGUUGAUUGCAGAACACGAGCGUUUAGCUGCCGAAUAUCACAAUGAAAGAGCAUUAUUGGAUGAGGCAUUAAGAAAAUCGAAAGACAGCUCCCGAAAUGCUUCCGACGACGAGUCAACAGAAGACGUUGAGUGCGCCAACGUAUCUGCUCAGAAAAAAGAGCCGUUAGAUAAACUUCAAUUCGGGAAGACCGAGCCUCUCAAACCAAUACCGACUUCGAAAAAGAAGUCUGACGAAGAUGAGAUGAAUGAGGAAGAUAUUAAAAAGAGGCAAGAAUACUUGAAAGCCAGACGAGAUAAACUUGUAGCUUUGAAAAAAGAGGCUAGGAGCCAACAGCUGGAGAUGAAUAAAACUCGACCGAGUUCGGCUAGAGUAGUUGCUGAAGCUACUAUGAAAGGGCAGCAAGAAUUAGAAGUGGCCCAAGCUAUAGAUCCUUCAAUACUUCAAGUACGAAAGGCUCUUGCAGCUCGAUUAAAAGCUGAAGUUGUGCAUAAGUAAUUUUAUAAUUUCGUUUUUUUAUUAUAUAUAAAACAUAAAAUUAUAUAUUGGUUUUUCAUAAUUAAUCAUAGAAAUCUUAAAUCUGCAAUUCCAGUAAAGUGCUUCACAUUAAAGAUUGAAUUGUGAUAUCUAGAAAAAUAGUACAUGCAAGAUUGUAUUUAGUCGUCAUAUCGUACGUCAGAUAUAAAUUGCGAGAAAUGUACAAAAAUCUAUGAAAUGUUUACACAUUUUUACGUCUUAUUUAAAAAAUAUUUUUCUUCCUAAGUAAUGUUUUCAUAAAGAAAGUAAAACAUAAUUAAUAUCUGCAACCAAC